AUGGGAUUUUGGGAUUUUGCUGGGCGUGAGCCUAAAUUCAAUCACCUUUUCAAUGACACCAUGGCUAUUGACAGUCAAUCGGUUUCCAGUAUGGUAAUUGAGAAGUGUAAGAGAGUGUUUGAGGGAUUAGAAUCACUGAUUGAUGUUGGAGGAGGAACAGGGACUAUGGUUAAGGUCAUUUUUAAGUCAUUCCCACAACUAAAGUGCAUUGUAUUUGAUCUGCCACAUGUUGUUGGUGAUUUGCAAGGAACUGAGAACAUAAAAUACUUUGGAGGGGAUAUGUUUGAAGCCAUUCCUCCUGCUGAUUCUAUUAUGUUGAAGUGGAUAUUGCAUGACUGGAACGACAAAGAAUGUUUGAAAAUACUGAGUAAUUGCAAGGAGGCGAUAAGUAGCAAGGGCAAGGUUAUCAUCAUUGAGAUGGUUAUGGAAAAUAAGAAGGAAGACCGUGAAUUAACUGAGACGGAGAUUUUCUUUGAUAUGCAGAUGAUGAUACUCGUCAAUGGAAAAGAAAGAAACGAGAAAGAGUGGGCCAGCCUUGUUUUCUCUGCUGGUUUCAGUAACUACAAGAUUACUGCUACUCUAGGUUUACUUUCUGUCAUUGAAGUUUAUCCAGAGUGUUACUCAUGGACAAGCUAUGUAUGA